GGCAGCCAUUUUUGUUGUGGUUACUUUUAACAAGUGCGCUGUUGAAUUCGUCUACAACGGGCGAAAAGAAAUAUACAGAGACAAAAAAGCGUAGGGAGGAGGAUAUAUCCUCUCUCAUACAGCUGGUCGGUUUAUUUAGCUAGCUAUUCGUAUGAAUAAGUGACUACUGCUCAAGACGCACCAAAGAAUGGCCGAGCAAAGGAGCGGAUAUCGCCAGUUAGCCAAUGAGGAGGAGACAGAGACCGCUGAAGUGCCCCAGCAAGGAACUGAUGCUCCUCCUCCUUACACCAGCAUCGCAGCUGACGCGGCUUUCUUUGAUUACAAAGAUGACGGGAGUUACCCCAAACCCCCCUCAUACAACGUCGCCACAUCUUUACCGUCAUAUGACGAAGCCGAGAGGACCAAGGCCGAGUCUAGCGUCCCUCUGAUGCCCACACGGGACGAGGAUUUCGCUGCCAGGGAUGACUUUGACGAUGUCGACCAGCUGCGAGUCGGGAACGAUGGCAUAUUCAUGCUAACGUUUUUUAUGGCUUUCCUUUUCAACUGGAUUGGCUUUUUUCUGUCGUUCUGCCUGACCACUUCUGCAGCAGGGCGCUACGGCGCAGUGUCUGGAUUUGGCCUCUCACUGGUGAAGUGGGUCCUGAUUGUCAGGUUCUCCACAUAUUUUCCGGGUUACUUUGACGGGCAGUACUGGCUGUGGUGGGUGUUCCUGGUUGUAGGAUUUCUGCUGUUUAUCAGAGGUUUCGUUAAUUACUCUCGAGUGCGCAACAUGGCCGAUCAUUCCUUCCCAACCGUUUCUCGCACCAGAGUCCUUUUUAUCUACUGAAGAUGAUCCAUCUCAGGACUAUUAUGAAAUGGCAAAAUUCAGCUUUUUUUUUUUUUUUCUUCGAAUCUUCUGAAAACAAGUGCUACGCAGAAGCCGCUGCAACAAACCUGCAAAAUAAAUGAAAAAGAAAAAAAAAAAGAUUUAGGUACAGUUAUGUAUAUUCACCAGGCUGUUGAUAGUCCUCUAAUCAAGUAUUUAUCUGUAACUAAUUUCCAGUGCAAUCAGUCAUGACGACAUACAUUUUUAAUAUUCCUUAAUCAGCACCCUUAACGGUUGUGAUGAACAGCCAUGUAGAUCGCCACAGCUUUAGACAAUUAAUGCCUUGCAAAAAAAAUUUAAAAUAAAAUAAACAAUGCACCCAGUUAGUAUCUUGAACGAUGUCUAGUGGUUAGCUCAUUUUACACCAGAUCACGCCGGUUUAUAUAAAUAUAGUGUAAAAUACUGAGCAUUCAGGGGAACAUUUCAGUGCAUUAUUUCACCGUGGGUAUUUAAACUUGGGAUGCACAUUUUUUUUAAUUCAUUAUCAGAUUAGUGGAAAAAUCAUUUGUUUGUAAAGUUUAAGAAAUUCCCUUUGUCCUUGUGUUCAUAACACUUGCCGUUAUGAUUAUUCAUUAUGGGAUUAAAAAGCCGUGUAUGAUUGAUUACGGGCCUAGACUAUAACAAAAGAGCACAAAAUUUUCUUGUCUUUCUAGCUAGACACAAGCCUGUAAAUCUGUCGAGUGCGCUCGAUAGCACUCAGAGUUCGGUUGAUGUAAAAGGAGAUCGAUAUCGAUUUAACACGAGUGUGCUCCAAGCAGCGUGCUGCAUCUGGUGUAAAAUGAGCUUUAGUGUUCUCGUUUAUAGAGUGCUGGGGAAAAUUUUUAGUUUUAUUUGUGAGUAAGUAUUGUAACCCAUCUUUUUUUUUUUUUUUUUUUUUUUGGGUGAAAUAUAAAGCUUAGAUGUAUUAGGGACAGUGUAAUAUCAGAUGUUAUUUUACACUUGCACUUUGAAGAUGUAAUGAAGGUAGAUAGCAGCAGUCAGUUUCCAAGUCAAAAGCAUGUACAGGCCAUAGUCCACUAUCCUGAUUAACGAUGAGUCUCAGAAUGAUUUAUUUAACAUGAUGACGUUAAACAAAAAAAAUGGUUUUGCUUUUGUGAUUAGGACCAAAGCUUUUCCGUCUGAUGCACACUGAUCUGUCAUGCAGUGACGCCUAAAAUCGUACCUGUAUUUCUUCUGUGAUCUGUAUAAUGAACAACGGUGACUUAAAAUGCCAAAAGUAUCAGUAGAUAUUCCACUGUCUUGUUCAUUUACUUCAGUUUUUCGUGACAUGCAUGUUGAUGAAAUAGUUCUGCAGAGUGUGGUAUAAUGUGGUUUAUAUGUUUAGACUUGUGCAAGAUAACUUUUAAUAAACAUUGCUUCAAUAGCGACA